AUGACAAGCGCUUACUACAGAGGUGCUCUUGGUUCAAUGCUAGUUUACGACAUGAGAAAACGCGAAUCCUUUGAGCACAUUCCUCAAUGGCUAGAGGAACUACGAGAACGCGCCGACAAGAACGUUGUCUUCGUCCUGAUCGGUAACAAGUCUGAUUUAGAAGAUCAGAGAUCGGUUCCCAUGGAGGAGGCCAAAGAGUUUGCAGAGAGAGAAGGGCUACUUUUUCUCGAGACUUCAGCUUUAAAUUCUACUAAUGUAGAGAACUCUUUCAUCACUCUCUUGACUGAGAUCUUCAACACAAUGAGAAAGAUGAAUCUCGCAUCUCGCCGAAACCAAGGCGAUCCAAACAAAACAUGCAUCACAGGUGUUACAGGAGGAACUAUCUCAUCUAUGGAAUGA